UGUCCCUGAAACAAAGUGGUCACGUUCCACCACUAAGGGCCAGCGAGAGGUGGGGCCGACAGAAGUUUUUGCUAGUACUCAAAAUGUAUUGAGUAGGAAACGAGCCAAUUAAGUGGUUCUAAACUAUGGUUACCAUGUAAUUUAUUGAUUAAAGUGAGAGAUGUGUAAUGCUGACAUGACAGUCUAACGAGUGUGCGUGAGAAUCACACUGUAUCAGACAAUGAGGUGAACUAGUUGGGAGGCAAAGAGAACAACAUAUAACCAUAUAUAUAUUCCACUGAGAUCGUCGAUUACGAAGGUGACAAUACUCAGAUGCAUCAGCAAGAACUAGUAGUUCCUGCAACACUAAUCUCUAUGGCAGAAAGCUUUGAGAAAAAAGGCCAUUCAUGGUUUGUUGUUUCUCAACUUCCAUCCGAUCUAUCUAUAAAACUUGAUGAUAUAACAUUUCAUGUCAACAAGUAUCCGCUAGUUUCAAGAUGUGGUUAUCUACAACAAAUUGAUCUACAGACUUCAGCCUCAAAUGAUGGUUACGAAAUGAAACUAGAAAACUUUCCAGGUGGAGCAGAAACGUUUGAAGUCGUGGUGAAGUUUUGUUAUGGUCUUUCGGUAUCUUUGAACCCCAGAAACGUCGCUUACUUAAGGUGUGCAGCAGAGUUCCUAGACAUGACUGAAGAGCUAGAAGAUGGCAAUCUUAUCUCUAAAACUGAAUCUUUUCUCACUUUUGUGGUCUUUUCUUCAUGGAAGGACUCCAUUACGGUCUUGAAAUCAUGCAAAAAUCUCUUUCCGUGGGCUGAAAACCUUCAGAUUGUAAGAAGGUGUUGUGAUUCAAUCGCUUGGGCUUCUCAAGAAACCGCCAGUGCACAAAGGCGGUGGUUAAACGAUGUAUCCACUCUCCAUAUUGAUCAUUUCAAGAGGAUUAUAACAUCAAUGACACUAAAAGGAACAAGACCGGAAUUCUUAGGUUCAUGCAUUAUGAUUUAUGCAGAAAAAUGGUUGCUAGGUAAUGAUGUAGAAAUAGAAGGGUUAAAACACCAUACAAAUGGUAAAAACGAGCUUGUAUGGAGUAUUUACAAUGGACAAAAAAAGGAAAAAGAAUCAGGCAAUCAGAGUCAAGAGCAACGGGUAAUUAUAGAGACCCUGGUGAGCAUAUUGCCUCAUCAGAAAGACGCUGUUUCUUGCAGAUUUUUGUUGUGGAUGUUGAAGAUGGCUAUGGUUUAUUCGGUUUCACCCGCUUUAGUCUCUGAGCUAGAGAAACGAGUGGGGAUGGUAAUGGAAAAUGCAAGUGUAUAUGAUCUUUUGAUACCAGCUGAAGGAAAUCAAUUGAAAUCAUUAGGGGAGCAGACUAUGUACAAUGUGGAUUCUGUUCAAAGGAUUUUGGAAUACUACUUGAUGAAUGAACAGCAGAGAAACACAGGAACUAAUGGGAAAUCAAACAUUAGUAAACUGCUGGAUAAUUACCUUGCAGAAAUAGCAGGAGAUCCAAAUCUUUCCGCCACCAAAUUUCAAGUGAUUGCUGAAUUGUUACCUGAGGCUGCACGUCCAUGUGAUGAUGGACUCUACCGUGCAAUUGACAUAUAUCUCAAGGCACAUCCUGAGCUAUCAGACCAUGACAGAAGAAGAUUGUGCAGAGUCAUGAACUGUCAGAAACUUUCAGUUGAUGCAUGCUCUCACGCUUCACAAAACGAUCGACUGCCUGUUAGAACAGUUCUGCAGCAGGUACUAUUUGCUGAGCAAGUGAAGCUAAGGGAAACAAUACAAGAAAAACAGCAAACAACAAACGCAGACCAGGAAGAUAACUGGUCCUCUCAAAAGGAAGAAAUCAAAAUGCUGAAAGCAGAAUUGGAGAAAAUGAUGGUUAUAAUUGAAGAGAUCCAAACUGAUCACACAAAUUUACAACAAGAUUGCAAAACAAUAAGAACAAAACAGAACGCUUUGUCGGGUUGGAUUUUAGGAUGGAACAAAAUCAAAAAAACUAGUUUGUUCCAUUCGAAAUUGAAUGGAAAUGAAAAUAGAGAGGGGAAGGGAGAAAAAAGAAUCAGCUCUAUGCUAAGAACGAAUAGGAGGCAAUCUGUGGGUUGAAGUUAUUAGUUAAGUAGUUAUCUAAGUGCUAGUUCUCUCUUCUUUUCUUUUUCUUUUUUUUUUUUUUUUUGUCAUUUUUACUGGCCAUCGGUUUUUCAAUCGUUUUCGUGUACAUGUCAGUAAUCAAAAACAUCAAAUUUCGACAUAUAUGUGAUAAUAUUCAUCGACUAACUGGGUUGCAUCAAGUGGAAAACCCGAGGUCCUCUUGCGAGUGUAGAAGACGGUAUUGGGGCACGGUUGUGUUUUUUUUGACAGUAUAUAUCAAUUUCAGUCCAGUUUAUGUUCGUGGAAAUUUAGUUGUGAUUUAAGAUGGAACAAGAUCAAUCCUUGUCAUAAA